ACAGACCUUCUCAGCAUCAGACAGUGACCAGCCUGGGGACGCAGAGCUGCAGCUAUGAACUACCCACUAACCCUGGACAUGGGCUCCAUCACAUACAAUAUGGAUGACCUGUACAAGGAACUGGCCUUCUACAGUAACAGCACGGAGAUCCCCCUACAGGAUAGUAACUUCUGCUCUACAGUCGAGGGACCCCUACUGACUUCCUUUAAGGCAGUAUUCAUGCCCGUGGCCUACAGCCUCAUCUUCCUCCUGGGUAUGAUGGGAAACAUCCUGGUGCUGGUAAUCCUGGAGAGGCAUCGGCACACGCGGAGCUCAACUGAGACCUUCCUGUUCCACCUCGCAGUCGCCGACCUUCUCUUAGUCUUCAUCCUGCCUUUUGCAGUGGCUGAAGGCUCAGUGGGUUGGGUCCUAGGGACCUUCCUCUGUAAAACUGUGAUCGCUCUGCACAAGAUCAAUUUCUACUGUAGCAGCCUGCUGCUGGCCUGCAUAGCUGUAGACCGGUACCUGGCCAUCGUCCAUGCUGUUCACGCCUACCGCCGCCGUCGCCUCCUCUCCAUCCACAUCACCUGCACGGCCAUUUGGCUCGCCGGCUUCCUGUUCGCCUUGCCGGAACUCCUCUUUGCCAAGGUUGGCCAACCUCAUAACAAUGACUCCUUACCACAGUGCACCUUCUCCCAGGAAAACGAAGCGGAAACCAGAGCCUGGUUCACCUCCCGUUUCCUCUACCACAUCGGGGGCUUCCUACUACCGAUGCUCGUGAUGGGCUGGUGUUACGUGGGCGUGGUCCACAGGCUACUGCAGGCCCAGCGGCGCCCUCAGCGGCAGAAGGCGGUCAGGGUGGCCAUCUUAGUGACAAGCAUUUUCUUUCUCUGCUGGUCGCCCUACCACAUUGUCAUCUUCCUAGACACACUGGAGAGGCUGAAGGCUGUGAAUAGCAGCUGCGAGCUGAGUGGCUAUCUCUCUGUGGCCAUCACCUUGUGUGAAUUCCUGGGCCUGGCUCACUGCUGUCUCAAUCCCAUGCUCUACACCUUCGCCGGCGUAAAAUUCCGCAGUGACCUGUCUCGGCUUCUGACCAAGCUGGGCUGUGCUGGCCCGGCCUCCCUUUGCCAACUUUUCCCCAGCUGGCGCAAGAGUAGUCUCUCUGAGUCGGAGAACGCAACUUCGCUCACCACCUUCUAGAUCCCAGAAGUCUCGGGGCCCACAUCUGUUUCUGUUUUCCUUGGGAGGAUAAAGCGUUGGUGGAAACCCAUCCCACACGAGCUUGGGCCAGUGUCCCCAGAUGGGACAGCUAGAUGAACUUCCUCUAGAAUGGCCCUAAAGAGAAAACAGCCCAAAGGCAAAGCAAGCAAUAUCCAGACCACCUGUGUCAUCUUAGAUGCGAAUGCCACACACCUCCCAGCCUAACGAGCUAAAGCUAAGGCUCAGCUUUAUUUCUUCCUGGCCAUAGGGAAAACCACCUCUGCUGUGGCCCACAGUCUCAUCUUCCUCCUGAUUAUGAGCCCAGACUCUCCUCCCAGAAUGGAUUCCAUCGUCUUAAAGACUACUGGUUGCCACAGUUACCCACCACUCCUAUACCACUGAGGAAUAGCCAGCUGGCGGCCGCAGACUAUGGCCUUAAUGUUCCUGUCUCCUAAAUACAGACUUCAUGCCAGACCUUCAACCAUGCCUUUCUCUUAACCAAGCAGAAAGCUGAAACCGAUCCACUUUAGGUAGCUGUCUAGCUCCAACCUAACCAGCAUUGGGUCAGCCCCCAUGUUACUGGAUCUUGGAUUACAGACUGAGGGCAAGUUCCAGAAGGUUCUGGAAGCUAGCCAGUAUCCUAAGAAGAGUAAAGGGCAAGCCAGCAGGAAAGAGGCCCAGUGGAAAAGUGGAAAGACACCUUUUCCAGGCUCCAAAGAAGAACAAGUAAAAACCAAACCCAGCUGUCAUCUCCCCACCCAUGGACCAAAGCUUCCAGACUGGCGGGGAAAUGAGAUCCAGGGCCCUCGUGGAUUCUGCGCACCGAUGGGGAAGGAAGCCAACUUGCCUGGGGAAAGUGAGAUAGCAAAGUGGUCCCAGCCUCGAGAGAGGGGCCACCUCGCUAAGAGAAUGAAGACAGAGGUCCCUGUCAUCAUUAGGUAGAGGCAAUGCGAGAAGCCAGCCUGGGCAGGCAAGUCCCCAAACCCCAGGAAGGCAGGGUACUACACAGGUGGGACCAGAGGAAGCUGCUCCGUGCGUGCGUGCGUGCGUACACAGGGGAAGCUAGCAGGCAAUUCUGAGCUCUGCUUCCUCCCAGCCACCAAUGUGGGGGGGGAGUGGGGGGGGGGAGGGGGAAGCAGAGUUGCCUAGUACCACUCAAGCCAACCAACCACACAAGCUCCCUGGGGAAAACAAUGCUAUAGCUUCAGAGACUGUAUCCUCACUGCAGGAUGGUGGAGACACCUGGGGACCCCCUUUUCUGCUCCCAGCAUCCAACAGCCAGCUGGGAAGAGGCAAACCGGGCACAGAAAUAAAAAUGCAAGAGAUG